GUCGGGGGCAGAGAGAUGCAUCAACUGAAGCAAAGAUACGAUUGUAAGAUGACCCAGCUCAUGAAAGCAGCAAAAAGCGGCACCAAGGAUGGUUUGGAAAAGACCAAAAUUGCGGUGAUGCGAACUUUCCUGCAUAAGAAAGAUAUUCCAGGGGACUCGGAAGAAGAAGACCUGGGUUUCUUGGAGGUCCCCGUUUCAGAUGCCAAACAGCUGCCAGAGUUGGGGCCGAUGCCCGAAGGGUUAAACCCUCAACAGGUCAUACGUCGUCACAUCCUGGGCUCCAUUGUCCAGAGCGAGAGAAGCUACGUGGACUCGCUGAGGCGCAUUUUACAGGAUUACAGGAACCCCUUGAUGGAGAUGGAGCCCAAAGUCCUCAGUGCCAGGAAAUGCCAAGUGGUCUUCUUCCGGGUCAAAGAGAUCCUCCAGUGCCACUCCAUGUUCCAAAUCGCCUUGUCUUCACGGGUGGUUGAGUGGGACUCCAUGGAGAAGAUCGGUGACCUCUUUGUGGCCUCGUUCUCCAAGUCCAUGGUCUUGGAUGUGUACAGUGAAUACGUCAACAACUUCACCAGUGCCAUGUCCUUAAUCAAGAAGGCCUGCUUGACCAAACCGGCUUUCUUGGAGUUCCUCAAGAAGAAACAGAUGGCCAGCCUUGACCGCGUCACCCUCUAUGGCUUGAUGGUGAAACCCAUUCAGAGAUUCCCCCAGUUUAUCCUUCUGCUCCAGGAUAUGCUGAAGAACACCCCCAAAGGACACGCUGACCGGUUGUCCCUCCAGCUCGCCCUCACAGAACUGGAGACCUUGGCGGAGAAGCUGAACGAGCAGAAGAGGUUGGCCGACCAGGUGGUGGAGAUCCAGCAACUGACCAAGAGCAUCAGUGACCGCAGCCAUCUCCAUAAGUUGUUAAAUUCGGGGCAACGGCAGCUGUUAUUUUGCGAGACCCUAACCGAGACCGUUUACAGCGACCGAGGUCAACUAAUCAAGUCCAAGGAACGCAAGGUGUUUCUUUUGAACGACGUGCUGGUGUGCGCCAACAUCAACUUCAAGGGGCAGCUAGAGAUCAGCAGUCUGGUCCCUUUGGGGCCCAAGUAUAUCGUGAAGUGGAACGCAGCCUUGCCCCAGGUUCAGGUGCUAGAAGUGGGGCAGGAGUGCAGCGCCAAGGAGAAAGACGGCAUUGCCAUCCCGAACGUGGGCUCCAGGAAACUGGCGCCACCCAGCCAGUCUGCCCAUAAUAAAGUUUAUCUGGGACCCCCUCGCCUGUUUCAGGAGCUGCAGGAUCUGCAAAAGGACCUGGCUGUCGUAGAGCAGAUCACUCUUUUAAUCAGCACCCUCCACGGCACCUACCAGAACCUGAACAUGACUGUGGCCCAAGACUGGUGCUUAGCUCUGCAGAGGAUGAUGAGGGUGAAGGAGGAAGAGAUCCACUCGGCCAACAAAUGCCGCCUCCGUCUCUUACUUCCUGGGAAACCUGACAAGGCCGGCCGGCCAGUCAGCGUCAUGGUGGUCUUCAUCACGCCGAAUCCCCUCAGCAAAAUUUCCUGGGUGAAUUAUUUGCACUUGGCCAAAAUCGCUCUCCGGGAAGAAAACCAGCCUGGAUGGGUCUGCCCUGAAGAAGACAAGAAGAGCAAAGCCGCUUUCUGGUGUCCCAUUUUGGUCUGUCACAUCCCUGCCUUCUCCUCCAGGGCCCUCGACCUGCAGCUGGGGGCGGCUGUGCACAGCCCGGUCCAGUCUUCCUUGCUGGGAUUUUCGGCCAUCAGCACUUCCCUGCCACAGGGGUAUCUUUGGGUCGGAGGAGGUCAGGAGGGGGCCGGGGGCCACGUGGAGAUAUUUUCCCUGAACCGGUCGGUGCCUCGCACGGUCAGGUCCUUCCCGGUGGCCUCCCGGGUCCUCUGCCUGGAGUACAUCCCCGAAAGGGCCGAAGAGGAGCGAGCAGAGGAGUCUCAGACCCCGGCUGACCAGCUGUUCCCACCUCAGCCCGCCCUCUGCCUCGGCCUGCAAGACGGCAGCAUCCUGGCCUAUGGCAGUCUGGACACAGGGGCCCAGUGUUUGCUGACCAGCCGGACCCCUGGAGCCCACCCGGUCCUCUGCCUGAAGCACAACGCCGACUACCUCUUUGCCGGCCUGCAGAAUGGGACGGUGGCGGUGUACGCCAGGAUCAAUGGAGGCCUGUGGGAUGCCGAAGCUGAACCCACCUGCCUCACAGUGGGGCUGGCCCCAGUGCGGACGCUGCUCACCUUGGAUGACGCUGUGUGGGCCAGCUGUGGCAAUCAAGUCACUGUCUUUGAUGCCAUCAGCCUGAAGGCUCAGCAAAUAUUCGAGGCCCACCCGGGAGAGGAGAGCAGCGUGACGCACAUGAUCAAGGCCGGCAGUGGGGUCUGGAUGGCCUUCUCCUUGGGGUCUUCCAUACGGCUCUUCCACACAGAGACCCUGGAGCUUCUGCAGGACAUCAACGUGGCCACCCGAACCACGGCGGUCCUGCCAGGGCAGAAGAACGUCCGGGUCACCAGCCUCCUCAUCUGCCAGGGCCUGCUCUGGAUUGGCACCGACCAAGGCAUUCUGGUCCUGUUGCCCGUGCCCAGGCUGGAGGGGAUCCCCAAAAUCACAGGAAAGGGGAUGGUCUCGCUCAACGGCCACUGCGGCCCAGUGGACUUCCUGGCAGUGGCCUUCAGCACGCUGGCCCCCGAGGUCUUGAAGAGCGACAAAGAGGACGAAGCGACCCCGGACGGAGCACCCUUGGGGGAUGAGGCACACCCCAGCCCGGGCGCUCGCUCCUCCGACGUGUCCACCCCGGACAGCUCCUCCACCAAGGAAAUCCGCAAAAAGGGCAUCCUUCUGCAGUACCGGCUCCGAUCCACCACUCACCUGCCCGGGCAGUUGCUCUCUGUGAGGGACACCCCUUCGCCGGCCGGCGGGAAUUCUCUGGAACACACCGAGGAAGACGGCUCCAUCUACGAAAUGGCGGAUGAUCCGGACGUUUGGGUGCGGAGCCGGCCGUGCGCGAAGGAAUCUCACCGGAAAGAGAUCUCCUCCUUGGCCGUGAUUUCGGGAGGAAGAGGCUACCGCAACUUCAACGCCAACGGCCGGGCUCUGCCCAGCAGCGAAAGCGACAGUACGUUACUCCUCUGGCAGAUCCCCUUGAUUUUAUAGCGCCGUCGGUUUUCGUUUUUCCCGUCCUCCGGUUUCGGCGUUUGCGUGGUGGACGACAGGGGACGUGUGUGGCUGUCUGGGUACCCCUUGGUUGGACGGUCCUGCUGGGCCCACCAGGUUUUUACCAGUUUCGUGGUCUUCAAAUUCCUCCCUCGCCCAGCUCUGUUUGCGACCUCUUGGCUCCAGCUAAGACUUCUGGUUUUCUUUCCUGGACUUUUUCAGGUUUUAUAGGAAAAUUGCACACUCCCUUCAGGCUUUGGAGGGGGGGCAGUUAAAUUGCCCCCCUUCCCCCCCUGGAUUUUUUUUCUUCCCAGAAAGAGACAUGUGCGUUGGGUGUACCCCUGUGUGAAUAUCCUACAUAUAGAUAUAUAUAGAGACACACACACACACACACACUUAAUAUAAAAGUGCUGUACAUUAUUAAAUUGUAUAAAUAAAAUCUGUAUAUAUUGGGGCAGAAAUAAAGGUGGUAGAUAACCCCUUCCAGUCUAGCUCAA